AUGGGCAAAAGAGGAGGCAAGAAGUCCGGUAGAGGUCGCGGCGGCGGCGGUGGCAGCAGUGGCCGCACACGCUCUAUCUGGCAGGAUAUCAGCAGAGAAAACGAGAAGUUCGAGCGCUAUUACAAUGAGCCCGAAUUUCUUCCGGAGGAGGAGAGAGAGAUCUUCUGGGCUACCAUGAGGAAGGAUCUUCCCAACAGCUUCCGUUUCACAGGUUCUCGAGGGCACGCAUUGGCUGUCCAGCAACGUCUCAAGGACCAUCACAUUCCCGAGAUCACCUCCAUCAAGUAUGAGGAUCAAUUCGUUGAGCCUCCCACCCCGGUCUCGUGGUACCCGGAUCAGCUUGCUUGGUCCAUGACCACCCCCAAGAACAUCAUUCGACGAUUCCCACCUUUCGCCUCGUUCCAGAAGUUCCUCGUCGCAGAGACCGAUGUCGGAAAUAUCAGUCGUCAGGAAAUUGUCAGCAUGAUUCCUCCUCUCCUCAUCGAUGCUAGACCUGGAAUGACCGUGCUGGACAUGUGCGCCGCACCAGGCAGCAAGUCUGCGCAGCUUAUGGAGCUUCUUCACGCUGGCGAGGAAGACUCCGUUGCGCAGGUUGCUGAGCAGGUCAAGAAGGGCGAUGUUGGACCUGAGCCCCUCGGCCCCGAGGGACUAAACGACGAUGGCCGCAGCACUGGCUUGUUGAUUGCCAACGACAGCGACUACAAGCGCGCUCACAUGCUGAUUCACCAGAUGAAGCGCCUGAGCUCGCCUAACCUGAUUGUCACCAACCACGAUGCCACCAUGUUCCCCUCCAUUAAGUUGCCUCCUACGACCAACGCCGAGGGCAAGACUCAGAACAGAUACCUGAAGUUUGAUCGCAUUUUGGCUGAUGUUCCAUGCUCCGGCGAUGGUACCGCUCGUAAGAAUUACGGUGUCUGGAAGGAAUGGAUCCCUGGCAAUGCCUUGGGACUCUACUCUAUCCAGGCCCGCAUUUUGGUCCGUGCUCUGCAGAUGCUGAAGGUGGGUGGACGUGUUGUCUACUCCACUUGCAGUCUGAACCCAGUGGAGAACGAGGCUGUUGUCGCCAGUGCCAUUGAGCGCUGCGGUGGUGCUGCCAAUGUCAAGAUCAUUGAUUGCAGCGCCGAACUGCCCGGCCUUAAGAGAGCUUCUGGUUUGCGCAACUGGAAGGUGAUGGACCGCGAGGGCCGUAUGUGGAAGAGCUGGAAGGACGUUGAGGAGCACCGCGACCAAGAAGGUGUCAACGGUCUUGCUCGACUUGCCGAGGGCAUGUUCGCUCCCACCGGCGAGGGUGCUGAUCUGCCUCUCGACCGUUGCAUGCGUGUCUACCCUCACCAGCAGGACACCGGUGGUUUCUUCAUUACUGUCCUCGAGAAGACUUCUGAGAUCCGCGCCAAGCCCGAGAACACCAACUCCAUCCCCAAGGCUUCCGUUGCUGCUCUCGCCGCUGAGCUCGACAAGAAGGGCGAGGAUGGAAAGCCUCUGGAGAAGCUCGAUGCUCUGGACGACCUGGUCGCUCCCGACCCCGAGGCUCAGGAGGAGGCCGCAAAGAACGCCAGUGUUGCCGAGGCCACUCACCAGCUUCCUUACUCUGCAACUCUUGACGAGUCUACUACAGUCUCUCUCCCCAAGCGUGAUGCAGGUGACUUUGAAGAGGAACUUCCCGCCAAGCGCACCAAGCUCGACGAUGGCACCGAGGUCCUCAUCGGUGACCGUCCAGUCCACCGUCCUGCGCCCUCCAUGGGAACUGGAAUUCCCGAUGCUGACGACAGCACACCUACGUCCGCUGCUCCUGAGCAGUUGAAGAAGAAGGGGCCCCGCCAAGAGGAGCCUUUCAAGUACCUUGACCCCAACCACGAAGAGCUCGUUCCUGUCUACGACUUCUACAAACUUUCCGAGCGUUUCCCCCGUGACCGUUUUAUGGUCCGUAACGCCGAGGGCCUUCCCACCCGGACCGUCUACUACACCAGUGCUUUGGCCCGUGAUAUUCUCGUCUCCAACGAGGGUCAGGGUAUGAAGUUUGUUCACUGCGGCGUGAAGAUGUUCGUCAAGCAGGACGCACAGCGCGAGAACGUCUGCAGGUGGCGUAUGCAAACGGAUGGUCUCAAGAUCGCCGAGCCUUGGCUGGGCCCUGAGCGCACCGUCACUCUGACCAAGAAGGAGACCUUGCGUCGUCUUCUUGUGGAAAUGUUCCCCAAGGUCAACGAUGAUGCUUGGAAGGAGCUUGGUGAGAUUGGUGAGCGCGUGAAGGAUAUCGAAAUGGGAUGCAGUAUCCUGCGCAUUGAGCCCACCGGCGAGGAAGACGGCCUGACUGAGCGCAUGGUCCUGCCCUUGUGGCGCUCUCUUCAUUCUUUGAACCUCAUGCUUCCCAAGGAAGACCGCCGCGCGAUGCUGCUCCGUAUCUUCAACGACACCACUCCUCUUAUUAACACCACCCAGAAGAAGACUGGCAACAGCACUCCUACUGCUGGAGCAGAGGAUGAAGCCAUGAAGAGCGAGAAUGUCCAGCUGGGCGAAGAUGAACAGGAACAGGUGGAUACUCGCGAGACAUACACCAAGGACGGCGACGAGGAGGACCGUUUCAAUACCACCGUCUAA